UUUAGUGGCUCUUGUGGGUGUAUGGUACCCGUGCUAUUGUUGAUUUACGCUUCCGAGCGUGUAAAUUUUUGUGUUGGUCUGAAACAAAGUAAUUCAAAAUGGGAACACUAUUUCGCAGCCGAACAAUGGGUUUAUACCAAUUGUUCUUACAAAAUGAAUCGGCCUAUUCCAGUGUUUCUAAAUUAGGGGAAUUGGGAUUAGUACAAUUUAGAGAUAUUAAUGUUUCCACCAGUGCCUUCCAAAGGAAGUUCAUCAACCAAGUAAGAAGAUGUGAUGAAAUGGAAAGAAAACUCACUUAUGUUGAAAAAGAAAUCUUGAAGGAUGAAAUUCGUAUGGAAGACGUGUUUGUAAACCCUAUUGCUCCUAUGCCAAAAGAAAUGAUAGAUUUAGAGACAACAUUUGAAAAAUUAGAAAAUGAAUUGAAAGAAGUUUGCUCGAAUUCAGAUGCAUUGAAGAAGACACAUUUUGAGUUAACUGAGCUAAAGAAUGUUUUAACUCAAGCUCAUCUUUUUCUAUCGGCUCAAGAAGUAAAUCAUGUGGAUACUAUGGAUAGUGCAACUUUGGUUGGAAAUGAAGUAUCGCCUGAUAUGCCGUCGCAGCAUGGGUUUGUGGCUGGUGUGAUCCUUAGAGAACGCAUUUUAGUAUUUGAAAUGAUGUUAUGGCGGGUCUGUCGGGGAAAUGUUUUCUUAAGGAGAGCAGAUAUGGAUACUGUGAUAGAAGAUCCGGUUACAGGUGAAAAAUUGCACAAAGUUGUAUUUGUUCUAUUUUUCCAAGGUGAUCAUUUAAAGAGUCGUGUCAAAAAAAUAUGUGAUGGUUUUCAUGCUACUUUGUAUCCUUGUCCUGAAACAUAUGACGAAAGAGAAAAUAUGUUGGUUGGUGUAAAGACUAGGUUAGAAGAUUUGAGCCAUAUUUUAAAUCAAACUCAAGAUCAUCGUCAUCGCUUACUUGCCAACGCUGCUAAAAACAUUAAGAGUUGGUUGAUCAAAGUGCGCAAAAUCAAAGCAAUAUAUACCACUAUGAAUAUGUUCAAUCAAGAUGUCACCAGAGAGUGCCUUAUUGCUGAAUGCUGGGCAUCUACCAACGAUUCAGCUCAAGUCCAACAAGCACUACGGGAAGCUUCAGAAGAAUGUGGAAGUCAUGUUCCUGCUAUUGUAAAUCGAAUGGCAACAUCAGAACAACCACCCACAUAUAAUUUAGUCAAUAAAUUUACGGUUGGGUUUCAAAAUAUUGUUGAUGCAUAUGGUGUUGCUUCAUAUGAAGAAGUCAAUCCAGCGCCUUAUACUAUUAUUACCUUCCCAUUUUUGUUUGCUGUUAUGUUUGGUGAUGCUGGACAUGGUUUGUUGAUGUCACUUUUUGCUUUUUGGAUGGUUUAUAAGGAAAGGCAACUAAUGGCUCAAAAGAGUGAUAAUGAGAUAUGGAAUACAAUGUUUGGUGGUCGCUAUAUUAUUUUGUUGAUGGGACUCUUCUCUAUAUAUACUGGUCUUAUAUAUAAUGAUGCAUUUGCCAAAUCUUUAAAUAUUUUUCAUUCACAAUGGGAUGUAUCUGAUGUUAAUAUCACAAAGGGUGCUAUAACUAUUCAGACCUAUGCAGAAUACAGUUUUCCCAAUACCAGUGUGCCUUAUCCGUUCGGGAUUGAUCCAAUUUGGCAAAGUGCAAGCAAUAAAAUUCUGUUUCUGAACUCUUACAAAAUGAAAGUAUCCAUCAUUUUUGGCUUUAGUCAAAUGAUAUUUGGUGUGGUGCUCAGCCUGUGGAACCACGUCCACUUUAAGAAACCACUUAGCAUAUAUCUCGAAUUUUUGCCUCAAAUUAUUUUCAUGUCAUGCAUAUUUGGAUACUUGGUGAUCCUGAUUUUUGCAAAGUGGGUUAUGUAUACAUGGCAGCAAGCAUAUUGUGCACCGAGUCUUCUAAUAUCUUUGAUUAAUAUGUUUUUGAUGAAAUAUGCAGAUGAAGAUGAAUACAAAAAGCCAGAGUUUUGCUACCUUGCUCCGAUGUAUGGUGGCCAGCAAGUGUUGCAGACAAUAUUAGUUGUUGUUGCUUUCCUUUGUGUUCCUUGGAUGCUGGUACCUAAGCCUAUUAUGAUUCACCUAAGGAACAAAAGACUUUCAAGUUCUUCUUCAGAUGACCAUGAUAACAAAGGACUUCCAGAUUUAUUUAUUGAUCAAGCUAUUCACACCAUCGAGUUCUGUUUGGGGUCCAUAUCUCACACUGCAUCUUAUCUCCGACUGUGGGCUUUAAGUUUAGCUCAUGCACGUAAGUUCUUAUAA